AUGUCAUUCCAGCGCUCCAGUGCCCUCGAAUCGCAGCCUACAACAUGGCGCCGGGAAGACGACGCAGCCUACGCUGAUGACCCCGAGUUCCGUGACUUUGCCGACAAGCUUUCCGACGACCUUUUUGCCCUCACCCGCAAUGUCGCCCGCCUGUCGCAAGAGACCGCCAAGCUAGGAACCAAGCACGAGACCGCCCGUGUGCGCGAGCGCGUCAAGACAACAGUCGAAGAAACAUCGGACAAGUUCAAAGAACUCGGCGAGAGCCUCAAGAAGAUCACUACAUGGCCAGACGUCGGGCCCUCGCAGAAAUUCACUCAGUCAAAGCUACAGCGCGAAUUCAAAGCCUCCCUCACCGAAUUCCAACAACUGCAGAAGCAGGCGCUAGAAAAGGAAAAGCAGUCCGCACAAGCCGCUCGUACCGCCCUGCAAGACGCAACCUCGCCAAGCGAAGAGCGGGGAGACUACGGCAGUCACCAGCUGCAGGAGCAGGAGCAGCUACGCCUCGCAAACCAGGACGAGGUCGACUUCCAGGAAUCCCUCAUCAUCGAGCGCGAGUCCGAGAUCCGCAAUAUCGAGCAGUCGGUCGGCGAGCUCAACGAGCUGUUUCGCGAUGUCGCCCACAUGGUGCAUGAGCAAGGGGCCCAGCUCGAUAUCAUCGAGGAAAAUGUUGAGACGACGCAUGAUGCGUCGCGAGGCGCGCAUAUAAAUCUUAAGCAGGCUAGCAACUACCAGAAGAGUGCUAGGAGCAAGGCGUGUAUCCUGUUGCUUAUCUUGGCUAUUGUCUUGGUCAUCAUCAUCCUUGCUGUCGUCUUGGAUUAG